UCUGAAUCUGUUGAGAGUCAGAGUUGAGACAGAAAGAAAACGGGAUAAGAGAACGCAUAGCAGAGCAUAGGUAAAAGGACCCAUCACUGCCUCACUGUUCUCUCUCUCUCUCUCGGUCUGGUCCGGUCUGGUCGACCCCCAAAAACACCACACCACACAAGACAAGACACUCCCACCCCCCCAUGAGCCCGUUCCUAGAUUCCAUCGAAACCCAGAUGAACAGAAUCGCCAUUUUCUAUCUCUAAUCGGCUUCCCAACAUCUCUUCCAUUUUUCACAUAGAUCUAAUGCAUCUUUCGUAGCUGAUCUGUUGUGGGUAUUUCACCAUUUCUCGGUUAUGUAAUGUACACACACACACACACACACACACACAUAUAUAUAUAUAUAUAUAUUGUAGAGAAUUUUGAGAAGUGAAAAGAGAGACACUAUUAGUAUGUCUUUGAAAAGUGUGAUCCAAGGAGUGAAAGGAGAGUUGGGAAGCAUAUCAAGGAAAGGGUUUGAUGUGAAGUUUGGUAGAUCGAGGUCGCAGAGAGUGGUCCAAGAUAGUAGCGGUUCGGUCAAGGUUGAUGAUGCGAUGAGGCAGAGCUGUUGGGCUAAUAUGCCUCCGGAGCUUCUCAGGGAUGUGCUUAUGAGGAUCGAGAAGUCCGAGGACACGUGGCCUCCUAGGAAGAAUGUCGUUUCCUGUGCUGGGGUUUGCAGGAAUUGGAGAGACAUCGUCAAGGAGAUUGUCAAGUCGCCUGAGGUUUCUGGGAAAUUGACGUUUCCAAUCUCUUUGAAGCAGCCUGGUCCAAGGGAUUCUGUCCUUCAAUGUUUUAUAAGGCGCAACCGUAGCAACCAAACAUAUUAUCUUUAUCUCGGCAUAAAUCAAGCUUCCACUGAUGAUGGAAAAUUCCUUCUUGCCGCUCGGAAAUGUCGACGUCCUACUUGCACAGAUUACAUCAUCUCUUUGAAUUCUGAUGAUGUAUCUAAAGGUAGCAGUACUUAUGUUGGGAAGUUAAGAUCAAACUUUCUAGGUACCAAAUUUACAAUCUAUGAUGCCCAACCUCCAAACAGUGGAGCCAAAGUCACUAAAUGUCGUUCCACCAGGCUUGUAAAUAUGAAGCAAGUCUCUCCAAGAGUUCCUGCUGGAAACUAUCCCGUCGCUCAUAUUUCGUAUGAGUUGAACGUCUUGGGCUCCAGGGGACCGAGGAGAAUGCAGUGCGUCAUGGAUGUGAUCCCUGCUCGUGCCAUUGAGCCAGGCGGUGUAGCACCAACGCAGACUGAAUUUCUGCAUAGCAGCUUGGAUAAUUUCCCAUCCCUGCCGUUCUUCAGGUCAAAAUCAACCCGUAUUGAGAACUUUCAACAAGAGCUUCAAUCUGGCCAAAACGAAGGGUUGCUUGUAUUGAGGAACAAGGCCCCUAGGUGGCAUGAACAACUGCAGUGCUGGUGUCUGAAUUUCAACGGACGGGUGACAGUUGCUUCGGUCAAGAAUUUUCAGCUGGUUGCUUCUCCAGAGAAUGGAGUCGUGGCGGGGCAGGAGCAUGAGAAUGUCAUUCUUCAGUUUGGAAAAGUUGGGAAAGAUGUCUUCACCAUGGAUUAUCAGUAUCCCAUCUCGGCUUUUCAGGCGUUUGCCAUAUGCCUCAGCAGCUUUGACACUAAGAUCGCUUGUGAAUGAACGACUUAACAAGCAUGAUUGACCUCGUAAUUCCUACUUACCCGGUAGUUUGUAUUUACAUCAAUGUAACAUUGUUCUUUCAGAUCCGCUUUUUGCAUAGUCUGGUAUCUGGGGGAGUGCUGAAUUCGUUCGGCAUGGUUAAGUGUGGUUUUGAAGCUUUUUUCGCUCAAUUCCAAGAACCCCAUCAGAGUUGGUUCUCUCCUUUGUGAUUUUGAGUGAUGCAGUUCUUCGCAAAUGACUCAACGUAUUCGGAAGCAGAGAGUUAAAGGUUGUAUUGAGAUGAGAUGUAAUCGUGUAAACACCAAAUUUGUCUAAAUAUUAUAUGACUGAAGUACAUGAAAUUCUAAUAUUUUAAGAUGUAAAAUUUAUGCUUC